GAACUCGAUGCUGCUGUUCUACCACCAGACCAGCCGUUAAAUGAGUUAACAUCACCAAGUUAUGCUGACAGUAACACAUUGAGUGUUAAGGAACUCGGUGCUUCUCUACCGCCACCACCGCCGCCGCCGACCUACAAGCCAUCAGCACAAGGUUUUGUUGACUUUUAUCCACCACCAUAUCAGGAUCCUCUCACUGAUUGGGGACCUCCUCCCCACGGCCGCAGCAGUUGGAGUCCAGUGGCCAUAAAAUUGCCUUCUACUUCUAUUCUUCUACCGGAACCCAAACCGGGCAAGCGGUCGUUAUAUAUGCAGUCACCAACUCCAUCUAACUUGGUAUAUCGAAGAACCUAUUACCAUACGUACACUCCGAGUCCAACUUAUACUCCCACUGCCCCUGGCGGUUACAGUUACUCUCAAUCUCAGGAUGCUAUGCACGCCAAGCCACUGCUCUUUGCUAAAAUCGCACUCCAUUGCUACAAUCUCGAAAAGGGGACACACUUUGAACGUUUGGGUCUGCCUCGAGAUUAUGACCAGACCUUAGAGGCAAGGGAUCCAGCACGCAAUUACACUUGCAGGUUUGAAACAAAUGUUCGGCUUGCCACUGAGAAUAAAGAUUGCUUCCAUGUUGUCACAACCCGCUGCAGGCCCUUGCCCCCACCUCCUCCACCAGGUAAUAUGAUUGCAAAAAUG